AAUAUAUUCAGACAAGGAACGAGUUCAGUGUACAAUGCUCUUUGGAAAGGAAGGAGAAAGCAAAUCAAUACACAGUGAAGCGACUGGAAUUUUUAUACAAUAAUGACGGACAAGAGUGCCGCCUUGGAAGGGAUCAAGAAUGAAACAGUUGAUCUUGAGCGUAUACCAGUGGAUGAAGUGUUUGAACAGUUAAAAUGUACAAGAGAAGGGUUAUCAUCAGAAGAAGGGGAACAGAGGCUUCAGAUCUUUGGCUAUAACAAGCUCGAGGAGAAACAUGAAAGUAAAUUACUCAAGUUCUUGGGUUUCAUGUGGAAUCCAUUGUCAUGGGUUAUGGAAAUUGCUGCAAUCAUGGCCAUUGCUUUGGCUAAUGGAGGGGGAAAACCACCAGAUUGGCAAGAUUUUGUUGGCAUUAUGGUAUUGCUUGUUAUCAAUUCCACCAUCAGUUUCAUAGAAGAGAACAAUGCAGGCAAUGCUGCUGCAGCACUAAUGGCCAAACUUGCUCCCCAGGCAAAGGUGUUGAGAAAUGGGAAGUGGGGUGAGCAAGAAGCAACGAUUCUUGUUCCUGGCGAUGUGAUUAGUGUUAAGCUAGGAGAUAUCAUCCCAGCCGAUGCUCGUCUCUUGGAAGGAGAUCCUCUUAAAAUCGAUCAAUCUGCACUAACCGGUGAAUCCUUGCCAACCACAAAAUAUCCAGGUGAUGAAGUCUUUUCAGGCUCCACAUGUAAACAGGGUGAGCUUGAAGCAGUUGUCAUCGCUACCGGAGUUCAUACCUUCUUUGGAAAAGCAGCUCACCUUGUAGACAGUACCAAUCAAGUUGGCCAUUUCCAAAAGGUAUUGACAGCAAUUGGAAACUUCUGCAUAUGCUCGAUCGCUUUGGGAAUCUUGGUAGAGAUCGUGGUGAUGUACCCGAUUCAGCAUCGUCGAUAUAGGGAUGGAAUUGACAACUUAUUGGUCCUUCUGAUUGGAGGAAUUCCUAUUGCAAUGCCAACUGUUUUAUCCGUUACAAUGGCAAUCGGGUCUCAUCGUUUAGCCCAACAAGGCGCUAUUACAAAGAGGAUGACUGCUAUUGAGGAAUUGGCUGGAAUGGAUGUUCUCUGUAGUGACAAGACAGGGACACUGACCUUGAACAAGCUUACAGUAGACAAGAAUCUUAUCGAGACCUUUGCAAAGGAUAUAGACAAGGAUAUGGUUAUUCUUCUUGGAGCAAGAGCUUCUAGGGUCGAAAAUCAGGAUGCUAUUGACGCUUGUAUUGUCGGAAUGCUGGCAGAUCCUAAAGAGGCAAGAGCUGGAAUCAACGAGGUACAUUUCCUACCGUUUAAUCCUGUUGGAAAACGAACAGCCAUAACUUAUAUUGGUGGUGAUGGGCAAUGGUAUAGAGUUAGCAAAGGAGCACCAGAGCAGAUUAUUGAGCUGUGCAAUCUAAAGGAAGAUGUGAAGAGAAAAGCUCAUGAUAUCAUUGAUAAGUUUGCUGAUCGUGGUCUACGUUCUCUUGCAGUUUCUCAACAAACUGUACCGGAGAGGACUAAGGAAGGUGAAGGUGGACCAUGGGUGUUUGUGGGUAUAUUGCCUCUCUUUGACCCGCCAAGACAUGACAGUGCAGAGACAAUCCGUCGGGCCUUAAAUCUUGGAGUGAAUGUCAAGAUGAUUACCGGUGAUCAGCUAGCCAUUGGCAAGGAAACUGGACGUAGGCUUGGCAUGGGAACCAACAUGUAUCCUUCUUCAUCCCUCCUUGGCCAACACAAGGACGAAAGUAUUGCAAAUCUACCCAUUGAAGAACUCAUUGAGAAAGCUGAUGGCUUUGCUGGUGUCUUCCCUGAGCAUAAAUACGAGAUUGUGAAGAAACUUCAAGAAAGGAAACAUAUUUGUGGGAUGACUGGAGAUGGUGUAAACGAUGCUCCUGCAUUGAAGAGGGCAGAUAUUGGUAUUGCAGUUGCGGAUGCUACAGAUGCUGCAAGAAGUGCUUCUGAUAUUGUCCUCACAGAACCAGGACUGAGCGUCAUUAUAAGUGCAGUCUUAACAAGCAGAGCAAUUUUCCAGAGAAUGAAGAACUACACUAUCUACGCUGUUUCCCUCACCAUUAGGAUAGUAUUGGGUUUCAUGCUCAUCGCCCUCAUAUGGAAAUUCGACUUUUCACCUUUCAUGGUUCUAGUUAUCGCCAUCCUAAACGACGGAACCAUCAUGACUAUCUCCAAAGAUAAGGUUAAACCCUCUCCCUUGCCCGAUUCAUGGAAGCUCAAGGAGAUUUUUGCAACCGGGAUUGUUCUUGGAACAUACCUGGCAGUUAUGACUGUUGUUUUCUUCUGGCUUGCUGUUGAGUCGGAUUUCUUCUCAGAUAAAUUUGGUGUAAGAUCGAUUAGGCGUAGUCCAGAAGAGCUUACUUCGGCUCUGUAUCUCCAAGUGAGCAUUGUUAGCCAGGCUCUUAUCUUUGUGACUCGAUCAAGAAGCUGGUCAUUUGUUGAACGGCCUGGUCUUCUUCUUCUAACUGCGUUUAUAUUGGCACAGCUGGUGGCUACAUUCAUUGCUGUGUAUGCUGACUGGGGAUUUGCACGCAUCAGUGGAAUUGGAUGGGGAUGGGCUGGAGUAAUAUGGCUUUAUAGUAUAGUGUUUUACAUUCCUCUGGAUAUUUUUAAGUUCAUGAUUCGAUAUGCAUUGAGUGGAAGAGCAUGGGAUAAUCUACUUCAGAGAAGGACUGCAUUUACGACGAAAGAAAACUAUGGUCGGGGUGAGAGGGAGGCACAAUGGGCUUUGGCUCAACGCACAUUGCACGGGCUUCAACCUCCAGACCAUUCAGAACUCUUCAACGAUAAGAACAGUUACCGCGAGUUGUCUGAAAUCGCUGAACAGGCCAAACGUCGUGCUGAGGUUGCAAGGCUUAGGGAGCUUCAUACAUUGAAAGGGCAUGUGGAAUCAGUGGUGAAGCUAAAGGGUCUUGACAUUGACACUAUUCAACAACAUUAUACAGUCUAAUGAUAUAGUAAGAGGAGAAAGAUGAGUUUGAUUGAAGAAGAAGUAUAUUAUAACUCCUCAGAAGUUGGCAGAAAUGAGAAGUAGAAAACAGAAAGAAGAAGAAGAAAAAGAAGAGGAUGAUGCUGCUGCUGCUGCUAGCUGCUACAGCUUUGUAUCUUCUUUUUAUAUUAUCUUGGUUGUUAAUAAAAGAUAUGAUGAUGAUGAUAAUGAUAAUGUUGAUACCGACUGUAAUGAUGGUCAUAGGGAAAUAAUCCAACUCUUUGAGAUUUGUCUCAAUUGAAGAUUGGUUUGUUGUUGCCAUUUGGAGAGGGUUACUACAUUAGGUGGUUGGGUUCUGUUCUGUUCUAUUCUGUAUUCACCCAUUUUGGGUAUCAUAUAUGAAAUUUAU